UCGGUCUGUCUUUUCCAUCUUUCUCGUCCCGUGAGUUGAUUUUUAUUAUAUACAGCUGUUAUUUUACAUGUUUCAUCGACUGGUUCGAAGUGUUUGUGAUAUUUAACUGUGAUUUUAUAAUUUAAAGUGAAUUCGAAAAACAAGGUAAUUGUUCAAGAUGAGUCACGGGUUGAAGAGGAUUGCCGACGAGGACAAUGAAACCCAGUUUGGUUAUGUCUUCGCUGUGUCCGGUCCCGUGGUCACAGCGGAGAAGAUGUCCGGCUCGGCCAUGUACGAGCUGGUGCGCGUCGGCUACAAUGAGCUGGUCGGCGAGAUCAUCCGUCUGGAGGGGGACAUGGCCACCAUCCAGGUGUACGAAGAGACCUCAGGCGUGACCGUCGGCGACCCCGUGCUGCGCACCGGCAAGCCUCUCUCCGUAGAACUGGGACCCGGCAUCCUCGGCUCCAUCUUCGACGGCAUCCAGCGGCCGCUGAAGGACAUCAACGAGCUCACGCAGAGCAUCUACAUCCCCAAGGGGGUGAACGUGCCCGCGCUGGCCCGCGACACCGAGUGGGAGUUCCACCCGCAGUACAUCAAGGUCGGCACCCACAUCACCGGCGGAGACUUAUACGGGAUCGUGCACGAGAACACGCUGGUGAAGCACCGCAUGCUGGUGCCGCCCAAGGCCAAGGGCACCGUCACCUACAUCGCGCCCGAGGGGAACUACAAAGUCACUGACGUAGUCCUAGAGACCGAGUUCGACGGCGAGAAGUCGUCCUACACCAUGCUUCAAGUGUGGCCGGUGAGGCAGCCGCGGCCCUGCACCGAGAAACUGCCCGCCAACCACCCGCUGCUGACCGGCCAGAGGGUGCUCGACUCACUGUUCCCUUGCGUCCAGGGCGGCACCACGGCCAUCCCCGGGGCCUUCGGUUGCGGCAAGACCGUCAUCUCGCAAGCGCUGUCCAAGUACUCCAACUCUGACGUCAUCGUCUACGUAGGGUGUGGGGAGCGUGGUAACGAGAUGUCCGAAGUACUGCGAGACUUCCCCGAGCUGACCGUCGAGAUCGACGGCGUCACCGAGUCCAUCAUGAAGCGCACGGCGCUCGUGGCCAACACCUCCAACAUGCCCGUGGCCGCCCGAGAGGCCUCCAUCUACACCGGAAUCACCCUAUCCGAAUACUUCCGUGACAUGGGCUACAACGUGUCCAUGAUGGCCGACUCCACGUCCCGUUGGGCCGAAGCUCUUCGUGAGAUCUCGGGUCGUCUGGCCGAGAUGCCCGCCGACUCUGGGUACCCCGCGUACUUGGGAGCUAGACUGGCGAGCUUCUACGAGAGGGCUGGAAGAGUGAAGUGUCUGGGUAACCCGGAGAGGGAAGGUUCCGUCUCCAUCGUGGGCGCCGUGUCGCCGCCCGGAGGAGACUUCUCUGACCCCGUGACGGCGGCCACGCUCGGUAUUGUUCAGGUGUUCUGGGGGUUGGACAAGAAGCUGGCGCAGAGGAAGCACUUCCCCUCCAUCAACUGGCUUAUUUCUUACAGUAAGUACAUGCGUGCCCUGGACGACUUCUACGACAAGAACUACCCCGAGUUCGUGCCGCUCAGGACCAAGGUCAAGGAGAUCCUGCAAGAGGAGGAGGACCUGUCUGAAAUCGUGCAGCUGGUCGGAAAGGCGUCCCUGGCCGAGACCGACAAGAUAACCCUCGAGGUGGCCAAGCUGCUGAAGGACGACUUCUUGCAGCAGAACAGUUACUCGAACUACGACCGUUUCUGCCCGUUCUACAAGACGACCGGCAUGCUGAAGAACAUCAUCACGUUCUACGACAUGUCGCGACACGCCGUCGAGUCCACCGCGCAGUCCGACAACAAGGUGACGUGGAACACGAUCCGUGACGCCAUGGGCCCGGUGCUCUACCAGCUGUCCAGCAUGAAGUUCAAGGACCCCGUGAAAGAUGGAGAAGCCAAGAUCAAGGCCGACUUCGACCAGAUCGUCGAGGACAUGGCCGCUGCCUUCCGUAACCUAGAGGACUAAGUUAUAUCGCGCAAUUAUACUCUUUAUUCUUGAAGAGGAUGUUUGGGUCGGACCUCUUGCCGCGCGGAAAAAAAUAAAACUGUCAACUUAACCAUAGAGCUGACAGUGUCUAUGGUUAGAAAUAGCGCGAAAGAUACUAGCUACUGCUAGGGUAUGUUGAUGUUUGAGGUCCGAUCCAACAUUGUUUUGUUAAUAAAUAUAUACUAUUAGACCUAAUUAUGUGUUACGGCGCAGUCCAAGUAGAGUGUUUUAGGUUUAAAAAUAUAUUUACAAAAAAUAAUAAUGUAUUUCUGUGAAAAAAAAGUCGUGUUUCAAAUCUUGUUGAAUUUCAUCUUAGACGUUGAAUAUAAGCCGUUGACGGUGUCAAUGUAUUUUUUUAUGUAACACGCGGUCACUAGAUACUUUCUCGACAAUAUGAUAUAUACAUUUUGUAAAUAAAGCCCCCUUUCCAUUCAAGAUUGUGUAAUGUUAUAUAGAGGUACAUGGUGCAUCGGUCUAGUGGCUCGUUUGUUGCAGACAGUUACGUAGUUGUUAAUGAUUAUAAUUUUUAAAAUAUUAUAUACUAUUAUUAUUAUUUAUACACAGUAAAUGAUGAAUUUUCGCCCAAUGAUAAUUGAAUGAUUGUUUUCGUCGGUUCAUAUACCCUGUUGCAUUCCAGCUUAUUUUUAGAUAGUUAAAACAACAAAUCGGUUAUUUUUACUAAUAAAAAAAACAUACAUUUUAUGAAAUCUUUCUUUUUGUUUUGCUUACGUACAGUGAAUCGUUGCCAUAUAAUUAUGUAUUUAAUAGAAUGCUGUUUUAGCUUUUUAGACGGCAAUAUUUUUGAGAUUUGAGCUUUCAUCUAACUAACUUUUAAUCAUGUUGCAGUGUUCAGUAUUAUAAAUUAUAUUUUUUUCCCGCCAAGAGAAUGCACGUGUUUUGAAUAACAUUAUAUCUUGUAGUUCGUACUUGCAUAGCUAAGUGUUUCAAUAAGAUUAUGUACAAAAUAACGUGUUCUACGCAAUAAAGUAUAUGAUAUCUCGCUGUUUUAACUUCUGUGGCGUUACGUGGGAGACGAAAGUUAUAAAUAAAUAUAAAGUAUACAAAUUGUA